AAUUAAAAUAAAAACCCUAAAAUCUCAUUUCCCCCACAAAUUAUCCAAUGGGCUGCUCCUCCUCCAAGGCCGUCGACGCCGGCGACUACCGGCCGGCGCAGUCCAGCUUCGCCGUCUUCGACAUCACCGCCAUCGAAGAACCCUGGCUGAAGAACAACGCCGCCGCCGCCGCCGGCGACGACGCGCACGUGGAUAAACAACCCUCGCACGUGCCGCCCCCAAUUCUCGAGAAGCUCAAAUCCCUAGAGGAUGCUCCGCGGUCGUGGGAUGAGGUCAGCAAGGCGUUGGAGGAUCUCAAGCCUAAGCUUAACGCCGCCGUCGCGGCAGCUCCGGCGCCGGAUUCCGCCGCCGCCGCUGCGCCGGAAAAGACGUUGCCGAAAAACCGGUCUUAUCGUACCUUGGAAGAUUUGGAGGCCAAAGUUUCGGCUAAACCGGUCGAGUCGACCGGGUUGAAACCGAGUUCGCCGGCGACAGCAAAACCGGCAGGGGUGAAGCCGAGCUCGCCGGCAAUGGAGAUUCCGGCCGCCGGCGGCGUGGCGAGGUCGCUGAAGGAUAAUAUAUUCAUCGUCCGUGACCGGCAGGAGCGGGAGAACGCCGGAAAAUCUGCCGGAUUCGUGAAGAGAGAUCCUCUGGCCGACUUCGAGGAGAAGUGCCCUACCGGCGGCGGCGACGCCGUCGUGAUCUACACCACCUCCCUCGGCGGCGUGCGGCGGACGUACGAGGACUGCAACCGCGUGCGGCAGCUGCUGGAGACGCACCAGGUGGUGUUCGACGAGCGUGACGUGGCACUGGACGCCGGAUUCCGGUCGGAGCUCCGGGAGCUCCUGGGCGAGGGGGCGGGGGUGCCGCGGCUGUUCGUGAAGGGAAGGUACAUCGGCGGAGUGGAGGAGGCGGUGGCGCUGAACGAGACGGGGCGGCUCAGCCGCAUCCUGAACUGGGCGAGGGUGGCGCGUGGCGUCGGACGGCAGGGCUGCGGCGGUUGCGGCGGCGCUAGGUUUGUGCCGUGUUUGGGGUGCGGCGGAAGUUGCAAAAUCGUUAUUGGGGAGAGCAAAGAAAGGUGUGGUGAGUGUAAUGAGAAUGGGUUGGUGCAAUGUCCAAUUUGCCCCUCAGCUUAAUGUAUUAUAAUUAUACUCCCAUUGGUAACAAUUAAUAAAUCCCUCGUUUACAAGUUAUGUAUAAAAUGGUAAAUUAUUAGCGGGUGUUUGUUUGGA